AUGCAAGAGCUUUACCAAAUGAUACAAAACAUUAUACUUGUUAAUAAUGUUGGUCCUAACAUUAUCUCAAUUUACGAAAGUAUCAAGACUGCCAAAGGAGAAGAGUUAAGAAGAGGUUGUGACCAACUAGCAAGAUUACUAUAUGCUUUAGAUCAAAGUAAGAUCACCACAGUGACACUGCAGCUUGGUGAAGACAUCAUUGACCUUCCACUACAAAUUAGAGGGAUUGGAAGCAUUGACAAUAAACCUAACAACGCAGAUCAGAAAAUAGUUCAAAAAGAUGAAAUAAAAGAAGUUGGCAACAAUAAACCUGAACUGUUUACAAAUACAGAAGAUAACAUCCCCCAACAAGACGUUAUAGAAGAAGUUAUAAAAGAAGAAAUUAUAGAAGAAGAAAAACAAGAAGAAAAUAAACAAGACAAACAAGGCACUGAACAACAAGAAGUUAAACAAAAAGACAAAGAAGAAGUUACACAAGAAAAUAAACAACAAGAAGAAGGUAACAAUGAAGGUGUCAAACAAGAAGAAGGCAACCAAGACGAAGAAGGACAAAAAGACAUUAGACAAGAAGAAAAAGAUGACAAAGAAGAUAAACAUGAAGAAAGUCAAAGUAAAGAACACAAGGACUGUGCUACACUAGAAAAUGUAGGUCCAACAAAAGAAAACGAAGAAAAGAAAGAGAACGAAACUAACAAUCAAAGAGAGGAUGUGGUCAGUGGGUGUGACAAUAAAGAAGAAUCAACUCAUGGAGACUCAAAUGAUAAAGGAGAUGAUAAAACUAAAAAAGUCACUGAAGACCCCAAUAAAUGCAAUAACCAAGAAAGUAGAGAUGGUGCUGAAAAAGAUAAACAAAAAGAGGAGCAAGAAAUCAAAGAAAUGUCUAAAUUGAAAUUGGACGUAAUUGAAUUUAAUAAAAGGAUCGCAACAAGUGUAAAGGAAAUCGCUGGUCUUAUGGAUGAAAUUAAAAAGAAAGACAAUGAAAUUAAAAAGAAAGAAGAAGAAGUUAAAAAGAAAGAAGAAGAAGUUGAAAAUAAAGAAAGUAUUAUUCAAGAAAAAGAUAAAGAAAUUGAAAAGAAAGAAGAAGAAAUUAAAAAGAGAGAUGAAGAAAUUAAAAAGAAAGAAGAAGAAAUUAAAAAUAAAGAAGUCGAAAUUAAAAAGAAAGAAAGUACUAUUCAAGAAAAAGAUGAAGAAAUCAAAAAUAAAGAAGAUGAAAUCAAAAAGAAAGAUGAAGAAAUUAAAAAUAAAGAAGAUGAAAUCAAAAAGAAAGAAGAAGAAGUUGAAAAUAAAGAAAAUAUUAUUCAAGUAAAAGAAGAAGAAAUUAAAAAUAAAGAAGAAGAAAUUAAAAAGAAAGAAAGUAUUAUUCAAGAAAAAGAUAAUGAAAUUAAAAAGAGAGAUAAUGAAAUUAAAAAGAGAGAUGAUGAAAUUAAAAAGAGAGAUGAUGAAAUCAAACAUAAAGAAAAUAUUAUUCAAGUAAAAGAUAAUGAAAUUGAAAAGAAAGAAGAAGAAGUUAAAAAUAAAGAAGUCGAAAUUAAAAAGAGAGAUGAUGAAAUCAAAAAUAAAGAAAAUAUUAUUCAAGUAAAAGAUAAUGAAAUUAAAAAUAAAGAAGUCGAAAUUAAAAAGAGAGAUUAUGAAAUUAAAAAGAGAGAUGAUGAAAUCAAACAUAAAGAAAAUAUUAUUCAAGUAAAAGAUAAUGAAAUUGAAAAGAGAGGUUGUGAAAUUAAAAAGAAAGAAGAAGAAGUUGAAAAUAAAAAAAAGACUAUCCAAGAAAAAGACAAUACUAUUCAAGUAAAAGAUGAUGAAAUUGAAGAAUUAAAGCAAGAGAUAGAUUACCUGAAAACACCAAUUGAGCCAGAGAUUGUAUUUUGUGAUUUUCCAAUUUCAGAUUAUUUUAAUGGAAAAGAAGAGGUAAUAGAAGUGAAUAAUAACAGAAUUGUUAUUCCAAUCCAGGCUGGACAACCAGAAGGUGUUAGAUAUAAAUUUGAUUGCUGUGGAACACCAAUCGAUGGGAGAAUAAGAGAUUUAAUCGUUAUUGCUCAAACAGAACAAACAGAAGGUCUCAUAAGAAAAGGAAAUGAUAUUAUCCAAACUAUUGUUAUUCCACAAAAGUAUAGAAACCAAACGGUCGAUUGCCCUAUUAAAUUGUUUGAUGGAAAUACUAUUCCUGUUAGGAUAAUAGGGCAAGAAGGUAUUCAAGGGGUAUGCGAAGGGUAUGGUAUGCCAAUUGGAACAACGGGAAAAAGGGGUGAUCUUUACUUAGAUGUCAAGUUCAAUUAA